AUGCUCGACCACCCAGCGGACAUAGCAGCAAUAUUGUCUGUUGAGGGAAAUGGCUCGUCACCACCAACAAUCCGGACCGCAGUCGCCUCUGAGUCCUCACAGAAACCUGCCCUUGACUUUGUCCGAGUCAGCGAUGUCUUGAGCUACCUGGAUGAGAUCAAGACCCAAUUUCAUGAACAGCCCGACACAUACAACCAGUUUCUAGAUAUCAUGAAAAGCUUCAAGAGUCAGGCCAUCGACACCCCUGGCGUGAUUAAACGAGUCUUGGCUCUAUUCAACGAACACCCCAUCCUCAUUCAAGGCUUUAACACGUUCCUACCUUCUGGCUACCGCAUAGAAUGUGGCAAGGACAGUCAGGACGGGACAUAUUUCACUGUUACAACUCCGACGGGCACUACAACCGCCAAGAACGGACUCCUUGGUAUCGAAUGGCCAAUGCAACAAGGCCCCAUCGUGCCUCCCCCCGGGCCAACUCCACCUACUCCUGUCGAAGAAACCCGAGAAAACAGAUCGUUCGAUCCCGCCAUCCAAUAUGUCCAGAAAGUCAAGCAACGUUGCGACCCAGAGACAUACGAACAGUUUCUAGACAUUCUUUCCAGCUUUUAUCAUUCUCGAGAGCCGACCGAUGAGACCGAGGUCUCCCGCAAGAUCGCUCGCUUGUUCAAAGACGAACCGGAUCUCCGAGAAGAUUUUGAAAAAUUUAUGACCAAUCGUACCACGCCGCGAGCCGUCUCCACCGGCCACAGCCAUAUUUGA